UCAACUAGAAAAAUGGUACAAUGACAUAACACAUAAGGGGCAAUUGUCAAUCAUAAUACACCCAAUAGACAAAUUGAAGUGAGUACAAAAUUACACCCGAAUAUAGAUGAUUAAUCGUAAUAAUAUACUUAUGUACAAUAUCAAUGAAUAAUUAAAAAGUCUAAUUAAUAAACAGAACACUAAAGAACAGAAAGGGUACCCUCAAAGUUGGGAGGAAAAAUUAUUAAUAACACUAAAAUGUAAGCAAAGUUUGGAAUAUGUGCCAGACUUCAAUUAUGUAAUCAUAAAUACGCAAACAAAUGGAAGGCUAGAGAUGGGCAUAUCAGGCUCCCACUUCUCUCUGUAUAUAAAAAGCCAACCUCUGCUUCUGCUAACUUUCUAUAUUUUACCACAUUUAGCUUUUGAAACUUGAAACUCAUUUUUUUCCUUAUAAAAGAAAAAAAUAGUACAAUUGAGUUUAUCUUAUCUGGGUUUUAAAGAUAAGAAUCAAUCAGAUCGUAUCUCAUCUGGGUUUUUGUUUUGGAAAGAAAGAGAGAAAAUGUUGGAAGGUAAAGCUCUGAUAGAGGACACUGAUAUGCCUUUGAAGAUGCAGAUCCAAGCUAUGGCUUCUGCUUCUCAUGCUCUUGAUCUCUUUGAUGUUUUUGACUACAAAUCCAUUGCUGCUCACAUUAAAAAGGAUUUUGACAAGAAAUAUGGAGGAGGAUGGCAAUGUGUGGUGGGAUCAAAUUUUGGGUGUUUCUUUACACAUUCAAAAGGAAGUUUCAUCUACUUCACACUUGAGACACUCAAAUUUCUCAUCUUCAAAGGGGCUGUUUCAUCUUCUUGACUUAGAUAGCAAAUAGCAAAGAAAAAAAAUAAAGGGGGAAAGUGCAAUUAAUUACCCUUUUAUUAUUCUUAUGUUUGUUAUUUUGUUUAACUUUCUAGGCUUUGUUAAUGUCAUCCCACUUUGAAGUGUAACUGGGUGAUUUUCAUCUGCCCAGUUUCACCAGUUUGUAAAUAUUACUGCAUUAUAAUCUAAUAAUCUUUAAUCUUUA